CGCUGUGUUUCGCACAGAGUGGUAUCUUGCAAUUGAUGCAUAAACCAUGCACAGUCUCUUCUUUGUACAUUGGAUGGCAGUAGAGGUCUUUGAGCAGACUUUCGUAGGGCGUGUCUUAUCCCACUAGUCCAGCAGCCAUGGGUGGGCGCACCCUUAACAAUAUAGCAAAAGCGUUUGGAUUUGAGCAUGCGAUCCACUAUUUAUCUUUUUUCAUCUAACCAGAAUAUAGUCCUCACGCGCAGUAAGACAAUAUGCCUGCAAUUAAAAGCUUUACGUUGACUUACGACGCGCUGAAUGAGCACGGGACGUUUUCGGAGGGAGACACUCUCACUGGGAAAGUAACACUGGCCUUGUUAAAGGAGACCUCAGUGGAGAGCCUGUUUGUUAAAGCUAAAGGAGACGCUGAGGUGCGUUGGACGAAAAAGAGCGGCGAUCACACCCAUACAUACGCUGACCACAGGAGAUACUUCAAACUGAAGCAGUUUCUGAUCCCAGCCAACACCAAGGAAACUGUACUUCCCAGAGGAGUCCAUGUCUAUAAAUUCAGCUUUAACAUACCAACAGGAAGCUUGCCUUCAUCCUUCAAGGGGAGUCAUGGAAAGAUUGUCUACAAGCUGGAAGCCAAGCUCUCCAGGAGUUGGAGGAUGGACCGUACAUUAGAACAGGAGCUACGUUUUGUCUCCUAUCCAAACCUUCAUUCUCUCAAGUCACGCCAAGUUGGUUCAACAAAGAAAGAGAUGGGGCUUUUCUCAAAAGGACAUGCAAACAUGGAGGUCAUUGUUGACAAGAGUGGCUAUGCCCCAGGUGAAGUUAUUGUAAUUGUUGCAAAAAUCAACAAUUCCUCGUCCAGUGAGAUGACGCCCAAAUUCAGUUUAAUCCAGGAUGUGGUGUUCCGUGCCAACGGCAAUACCAAACACGAGAGCCACGUUAUCCAGAAAGUAGUCGACCCCUGUAUUAAAGCCCAAUGGCAGAAGGAUAUCAGGUGUGCAAUGCAGAUUCCUCGUGAUCAGGGGCCAUCAAUCCAAAAUUGUGAGAUUAUCUCAGUGGAAUACCAUUUAAAGGCGUAUCUGGACAUCAGCUUUGCUUUCGAUCCAGAGAUCAUAUUCCCAGUAGUCAUUAUUCCUCCAGACUUGGAGCCUGGUGCGGCUGCGGGUCCCUACCCAGCUGGGGCUGUUGGGGGCCCGAGCAAUAGCGACUUCUCUCCCCCUGCGGUGUCUAUGGGUCGUUAUCCUGUAUCCCCACGCUCAGGCAGUUAUGGAUACCCAGGAACCCAAAGGUAUUCAGCACCAACACCAACUGUGUACCCAGGUAACCCACUGGUGUCUGCCGGUCCACCAGGUUUGUACCCUGCUCAGCCGAGUGGGGGCUACAAUAACCCAGUGCCACAACUGGCAUCUCCGUAUGGGUCUCCAUUUUCAUCUUCAUCAUCGUCUUCUGUGCUUCACCCUCCGCCUACUGCCCCAACAUUUCAUCCACCCCCAUCUGCCCCGGAGAUCCACCCAUCCCCUCCUCCUCCUCCACCCUUUAACAUGUACCCAAGUGCUCCAGCAUACGACUCGCUGCCUUCUGCGCCAAUGAUGAACACAGACUUCCUGUCUCAAUCGGAUGAAGCUCCUCCAGCAUAUGCACUCCUUUUCCCGUCUUCUACUGACGAAUCUGAUGCAAAAUAACAGAAGGUAUGCUUAGUGACUGAAUCAGUUUAUUAGUUAUGACGUAAAAUACUAAUACUUAGUUAUAAAUGUGAAAUCCAAUCAGCUAAAUUGUGUCCUUAACAUUUUAUUAGUGUUGUUAAAUUUGAAGUGUGCAUUUGAAAUAAAAAAAAUCACUGUGCAAUUACUGUUUGCAUGUAAACGAUUAUAUACAACAAUGUGACUUUUUGCAUUUCAUGUGAUAGUUGUUUUCUGGUCAGGUCAUGUUGCUGAUUGGCCUUGUCAAGCUGUUCAAACUUCAGCAAUCAGGAUACACUGUGUAUUUCACGUGCCUUGUUCAACUCAAGUGUCCUCGACUGAUCACUUUUUCAGUGUUAUAUGGUUUAUACCUACUCUCUCUACCUCACUCUUCUGUUUGGAGGCUAGUUGUCCAGUUUCUUUCAACCGAUUACUGUAUCAAGAAGAAACAUGUUUUUAUAUGGGGUUUUUUUUAAUUAAAGCAAUCAACUAAGAGGCCAAAUAUACAUUGACUUAUAUUUUCAAGUCUGUUGAGUUUAACACCAGACAACUACUUCUGUCUGUUUAAUUUCACAAUACUUUGCAAACCUGAUUUGUUAUACUCACAAACUGCCAGUGUUUUCUUUGACUUGUAGAUGUGAAUAAAGAACUGUCAGGGAAAGUUUCUCGGUU